AUGGCGUCCGAAGAGCUUGCUAAGAAGCUACAGUCACGGCUGGUCGCUUCGGAGGAGGCCGAGACGAAGCCAGGCCUCGAGGAGAACCUCGCCACAGCCGAUGUCCCGGAGUCUGCAGCAGCCUGUGGCGACACCUCCUCCGAGCUAUCCGCCAAACUCAACCGAAGGCUUGACAUCAACGACGGCAAUGCUCCACUUCGGACGAGUCGCGUUUUCAACCCUUACACGGAAUUUAAGGAGUUCUCCCGGAAGCAAAUAAAGGACAUGGAGGUGAUGUUUAAACGGUAUGACACAGGUAAAGAUGGCUUCAUUGACCUAAUGGAGCUCAAGCUCAUGAUGGAGAAGCUGGGGGCCCCACAGACCCACCUGGGCCUCAAGAACAUGAUCAAAGAGGUUGAUGAGGACUUUGAUGGAAAACUGAGCUUUCGAGAGUUUCUGUUGAUUUUCCGGAGAGCAGCAGCUGGGGAGCUGCAGGAAGACAGUGGCCUGAUGGCACUGGCCAGGUUGUCUGAGAUUGACGUCGCCACCGAGGGAGUGAUGGGAGCCAAAGACUUCUUUGAAGCAAAGAUGCAGGCUCUUUCUGUGAGCAGCAAGUUUGAAGCAGAGAUUCGAGAGGAGAAAGAAGAACGCAAGAAACAGGAAGUUGAGAAAAAAGAGAGGCAGGCCGCCUUCAAGCAGCUGCAGUCGGCAUUCUGCUCAUGAUAAGGCACAGGAAGCAGACGGCAAUCCUGACAACGCAUGUCCUAUCUUUAACAGAUAUGAAAACGACAUUUGCAGUACUUUGAUUCUUAAAUGAUGUUGCUCAGAAUUUGGCACUUUAAAACACUGUUAGGUAGUUGUAUUAAGUAACACUCACGUCCAAUUUGUUAUGAUCGUGUUAAAAAAAUAAGAGUUGAAUGGUAAAUGCACUACUUGAGAAAGAAAACAAUUGGGACUUGUCCAAUUUCAUAUCUCCAGUCUACUAUUGUUUCUCUAUUUUUCUGUACAUCUCACUAUGUACAAGUAUUGCAUUUUGACCCUCAAGUGAAAUUAUAUUCAUGUUGUAUUUUCAUUGACUACUGUUUGUUUUCAUAGAUCCCUACCUUUGCUCAGUUCAUUUCCGAUUGUUAAUUGGGUAUGUAAGGCGUUACGUUGUAGUACGGUCCUGUUGUUUAACUUUUUAAAUGUAAUUCAAAUAACUGUAUAUUUGUGUGGAAAAGUAAUAUAUUUCAGUAAUUACAUUGCAAUGUACUGGAUUAGUUGUGUGUAAGCAUUGUGAGCUAGGUCUUAUGCAGUGUUGGCUCCUGACUUUGACUCAAGUCGAACAUUGAAAUUCAUUAUUACCGAUAUAAAACUACCCCAUUUCUUUCUGUUGGUGACAAUUUGUUAAAUUUUGCGAUUAAGUUGUACAUUAUUGUGAGGACAUCUUCCGGAAUGAUGAUUUGUCUAGUCCCAAGACAGGGCUGCAUUUGAGUAAGGUGUAGAUGUGAUGUAAUUUUGACCAAAUCAUUUCUGGCACGUUAUUAAGCCGCCCCGAAACAGUGAGAGGGGGAACAAGCAUUUCAUCCAAUACUUCUCAUCAUUCCUCUUUAAAAUCACAGUUUUUGCUUACCAUUGAUACUGUUUGAUUUUUCUUUGUGUGCAGAUUAAAAAGAUGAUAAUAAUAAUAAUGUGUUGUCCAGGCCAACCUUAGUUGUCUGUGAAUGUGUUUUAUAGUUUGUUUUAUGUGCACCCCACAUUUAAACCUACGCAAUCAGCUGUAGCACAAGAGCAAUCAAGUAAUGUACUUCUGUAAAAGCUAGUUAUCCAUUAUAAGUCUCUCAUUCGUCCUUUCAAUAAUGUUUGUAUGUUGUAUAACAAAACCUACUGUGCAUACAUCUCUUAUGCUCUUGGGUAUUUUGUUGUGGAAAAAAGUAUUUUUUCAUGUAAUAAAAAAAAUAUAUAUUUGUUUUAGCAGAGACCUCUACAAUAUGUUGCCAAACAUUAAAAUGUUUAGUGAGAUCUAUUUUUGGGCACCUGAAAUAUGUUAUCAUACUUCCUAUCAGAUUGGGGAGAUCAUUUCAAUAAAGGACUAAACGCACA